ACAGUUUAUCCUACAUGCAAUAACUUCCAAUGGAUCAAGUUCAAAAACAACUUUGUGAUGCAAAGCUCAAACUCAACGCCUUACACAAGCAGCACACUGAAUUAGUUGUUGAAACUAACAAGAUCAAGCAACAAGUGACUGCAUUGAAGAAGAAUCAUCGUAAAUUCUUGAGAAGCCUUUCAAAACGUACUUGCAAUUCAAGAAAGAAGAAAAAAGGGAAGCGCAAACAUCUGAACCUGAAUUUGACCAAUGCUUUAAUUAAAGUUGAACCUGUUGAUGCUGCAACUUGUUGUGCCGCUGAAGUAACUACUAAACCAAAAGAUGAAAUGAACCUUAAAAUGGAUAUCUCAGUGAAGCUUGAGAAUGAUGGCUGUAACGUUACAUAUGAUGUUGGCAAAUUACUCUAGGGUGUCGUGUGCUGGUUAUAUUAAUUCUUUUGUAUUGUCGCUAGUUGCUGGAUAAGUUUAGUUUACCAUUGGGUUUUAGAGCUCUGUUCGGUUUAUUUAGUUUUUAUAUGUUAAUUACAGAUUUUUGGUAUUGGAAAUAUUCACCAUAGUCAAAGUAUACCGUUGGCAUAUUUUAUGCAAGCUACAAUCACCUCUCCCCAAUCUGAAUGCUUCUUUGGUAGCGCUACUACUGGUUAUACUCAGAGUUUAUUAUAUUUCACAGGCUAUUAGAAUUAUAAUUCGCUUCAAUUGGCUCACAGUUUACUGCUCAACUGACUCAUGCGGUAUUGUUAUGACAAUGGAGGGCCAUGGUGACGUAAGUGAAAAAUUUCACCGGAUAAAUAAGUCCGGAGUUUGAAUUUUUUCGGCUCGAGCUGAAAAUUACACGGCAUUUUCCAGCGAUGCCAGCGUAAAUCUGAGUACAUCAUAUUAGAUCUUGUACCGCGG